AUGGCGCCCAGUGGAGGUCGAAAGGGAGCAACAGCUUCCGGCUCACGGCGUAGUAAGAGGAUUUCUGGCUCUCGGCGCAAUGAAUCCGCCGACUACGGAAACCUGCCCGAUGUCUACCAAUCACUGAUUGCGGAGACCGACGCGACUCCCCCAACUGGCACUGAGGAGCGACCGAUAAAGCGACGUAAAGUCACACCGAUCGCGAGGUCUGCGCAGGCCGUGGCCGAAAUGCCCAUCUCGUCGGAUCCUGAAGAUCUUCCUUCGCUCUCGAAAGCCAACAUACAUGGACGGCAAAUCAGCCCACAGACUGUUGAGGAUUCAUCCGAGUCAGAAGGCAGUGACAUUGCCUUCGAAGACGUCGCGCUGAGCUUUCAGGGGGAUUCUGAAUCCGAGCGUGAGCGUGAGAUUGAGGAUGUCUCCAUAUCGCUGGACCCGCAGACAACUCCAAAGCCUCGUGUAUCGAGCAAGCGCAAACCUUCCAGCGGUGUUGACAAAGCUCAUCGUCUACUGGUUCACAAGCUUCAUGUGCUUUGCCUGCUCGGGCACUGUAUGUUUGUGAAUGGGCGGUGCAACAACUUCGGCGUACAGAAACACUUGCGUUCACUGCUGCCUCCGCGUGCGCUACCAUUUCUGGAUCCUGAUCCUAACACGACGCAGUACCAGCGCAACAAGAUGUUUAUGGAUGGUUUGCAACAAGCUGUGGCUGCUUUCACGGGACGAUUUCGCGUUACUGCACCUGGUCUGAAGAUGCCUGAGUGGCAAGUCGGUGACGAUAAAGCUGACGAUCACAUUGAUCUCGCUGGCUGCAUGGAUCUCGAUGACUUCAUCUCGGCUGCCAAAUCCGUCCGCGGAUCUCAGGAUGUUGGAAAUCAGCUGUUCUGUGCCAUGCUUCGAUCCGUUGGUGUCAAUGCUCGAAUUGUUUGUUCACUGCAAGUCCUUCCUUUUGGCAGCGUCCCCAAGGCCAGCACGCCGCAGAAGGCUAUCAAGCCCAGGUAUCUAGCAAUGGCUUCGGAUCAGCGUUUCCCUCCAGAUGAUGCCAGCGGUGAUGAGGCCAAUGUCAUGACCUCAAGCAGUCUCGGGAGAUUGUCUGCUAUACGUAGGCGUUUAGGGCAGCCUUCGCUGAAUUCGGUCACAGUACCUGUUCAGUCGUCUAGGAAGAGAUCAAAAUCAAUCCAAAAGCUUUCGUAUCCGGUCUUCUGGGUUGAAGCUUUUAAUCCGUCCUAUUCAAAGUGGGUUGUCGUCGACCCGAUCGUGACGAACACUAUCAACACUCCAUCAAGUGUUGAACCUCCUUUGUCCUAUGGCCUGAAUCAUAUGACAUACGUCAUGGCUUUUGAGGCCGAUGGCGUAGUUCGAGACGUUACUCGGCGCUAUGCAAAAUCAUACAAUGCCAAGACACGCAGACAUCGAGUCGAGGCCGCAGGCGAAUCAGGAGUCUCAUGGUGGAAGCGAACCCUCCGCAUUUUCCGACGUUUGGACGGUCAACUCGACCGCGAUCAAAUCGAAGACGCGGAAAUGGCACAGAAAGAAGCACGCGAGGGUCUACCAGCAAAUGUGCUCGAUUUCAAAGGGCAUCCUUAUUAUGCUCUCGAACGUCAUCUCAAGCGAAACGAAGUCAUUCAUCCGAAACGUGAGGUUGGGAAAGUCAAUGCUGGGUCUGCGAAGAAACCUCGCAUGGAGUCAGUGUAUCGUCGCAAUGACGUUCUGCAAUGUCGAAGUGCUGAUAAAUGGUAUCGUGCCGGGCGUGAGGUCAAACCGAAUGAACAACCACUCAAAUACGUCCGGGCUCGUACACGAAGAGACCAGUCACCCAACCCAGAUGCUGCUGCUGAUCCAGCACAAGCUGCGACAACUGGUCUGUACUCUUUUUCUCAAACAUCUCUCUACGUCCCGCCUCCUGUGCGCAAUGGGCGGGUGCCCAGGAAUGCUUUUGGAAACCUCGACAUUUACGCGCCGUCAAUGAUUCCGGCUGGCGGUACACACAUCCGUGAUGCACAAGCCAGCCGAGCUGCACUAUUGCUGCGAGUUGACUUUGCAGACGCUGUCACGGGCUUCUCCUUCAAAGGCAGGCAUGGGACUGCAAUUAUCGAUGGCAUCAUUGUUGCUACUGAGCAUGCUGACGCUGUACAUGCCGCACUCGAGAGCUUCCGGGAAGACGCUGUUGAGGAGGCUUCCCGUGCGAGAAGCUUGGAAGCACUGCGUCUAUGGAAGCGUUUCGUCAUCGGUCUACGUAUCACUGAACGUGUCAGUGCUUAUGGGGGCACGGAUUCACAUUCGGCGAGUGGAGUUGACGAUGUGGAUCAUGAAGGCGGUGGAGGCUUCUUGCCGGAAGAUGCAAAUGUUGAUGAUCAUACAAUGGGAGGUGGUUUUCUCCCUGAGGAUGCCGAUGGCGACGAUCAAAUGACAGGAGGGGGAUUCUUGUCUGGGGACGCGAAUAAUGUUGAUUACGCGAUGGGUAGCGGCUUCGUGCCUGCAGGUUUGGAAAUCGAAGAUGGAAGCGCUGGUCAUAGCGCUCUAGAGACCAGUGCCACUACCGAUCGCCAGGCCGGAUCUCCACCCUUCGAAAUUGGGGGAAUUGACGGCUAUAACGAUGGGCCGGAUCAUAAUGAAUCCGAUAAAGCUGACCUCAGACCGGCUGUCCUUCCAGUAGCUGGGCAGAGAACCGACUUGGGACAGCAAGAAGGUCCAAGAUCUCCUGCUCUGCGACAUGAUAGCGAUGGAGACUCGAUAUUGUCGCAUGAUCCCGAAGACGAUGAUGCCGAACCAGAUUGGUUGGAAAGUGAUUGA